AGGUACAAGUCCUCCUGGUCCUGAGACCUGUCUUCAGUUGGGUGAGGCGUCAGCUUGGGGGGCAAGCUGGCUCUGUCACCCUGUGCUUGUGGGACACGGGCCCACUGUGCAGCCAGCUGGGAGGGGUGCCCAGCUUUGGGUCUCCCCCUGAGAAGGCCCACAGCCCCCCAGAACAGAGGUGGUCACAUCACGGUGGCAUCUGGCUUUGGGGUUUGCACCCAUCAGGGUGAGUCAAGGGGCUUGUUUUCUGCAAGGAGCAGAGAUCUGCUCCAGGACAGAACCCUUUCUGUCCCUUCCCAUUUCCCUCCUACCCUUCCCCCUCUCCCCAAGGAGACCCCCUUGGAGAGCUGGGAGAGCGGGCGUAGAAUAGUUGGCUGGGAGGGCUGGAGGGGGCAGGCACGGGGAGUGGCAGUCACCUUCACUCCACACAGAACAAGAAUGAGAGUUUUUUUGAGAGCCCACCCUGCGGGGUGUGGGCUUGUCCAACUGAGUAAGGGUCAGAGCCCUGUCAGACUCCAAAAGCCUCUUUUCUGUGACAUCCUCUAGACCUCGGACUGUCUGGGUGGGGACAGUCCGCCUGGCUUUGCGGGUGGACCAGAUGCCCCCCCAGGGUCCCGAACCUGAGUCCAGCCCAGUGAGGGCCAGAGCGCACUGCGGAUGGCCUGGGCUCUGAGUUGCCCCAGAUGAGCUGAAUCAGACAGUGGGCUAGCAGUUGGUGUUUGUUAGGGGAUGCAGGAUCGGGGAUCCUGGCCUCCAGCUCACCUGGCCCUGGGAAAGCCCUUCUGGACUCUUGAACCUGGAUGACCUGGCCCGUUCUUUGUGUGGCCCGAAGGGAAGGCUCCCUAACUUGUUCCCAGCUGUGCCGUCCCCAGAGUUGACUCCCCAUCUAGACUGCCGGUCCCUUUUUUAAUUCUUUUUCAGCGUAGUCUUGCCCUUGACUUUGUUUAGCUGCACACCAGGCCUUGGGUUGAAACCAGCCUCCCUCAGUCAGGAGAGCAGUGCCCCAGAAGGUGUUUCGAGCUCUCAGGGCUGACCACGCAGCCCUUCUGACCAGCAGCGUCCCCACGGCUGUGGGAGUGGAGUGUGGAGGUUCACGGUUGCCUUCGGGGGUGUCCCUGCCUGACUCUGGCCGUGGAGCUGCUCGGGAGGCGACUUUACUGGAGUUCAGGAAAGCCCGUGGGGAGCACGUGCAUGCGUGGCUGAGGUUCUGUCAGUCGGUGGUGGCAGGACUCUGUGCCCGCAGUGUCCUCUCGUGCAGCUGCUGGAGAGGCGGGUGCCGGCUGGUGGCUGCGGCAGAAGGGGCAGCUGUGUGGCUUGCGCUCUUGCCUGGCCUGUCGGGGCCUCGGUCUUUCAGCCCAGCUGGGGUCUGGCUGAGGCCGGAAGGUAGUUUCUCUUGCAUGCACUCUGGCGGCCGCGAGGUUGCGUGAGGUUCAGAGCUUUACAUGCGCAGUUUGAGGGCAGUUGUUCUAAAAUCAGUGGUUGUACAAACUUGCACACAUUUGAAAUUCGUUUCUGAACCCGUUUUCAAAAGCAAACUGUCGGGUUUUUGCCUUGCGUGUUAGCAGGGACCUCAGGUCACUGCUGUCUGCUGGGGUCGGCAGAGGGGCAUGAUGGUGCCGCGUCUGCCCAUGUACUGAGCUCUGGAGAGACUGGGCAGUGCCCGGCCUACUACUCACUCCCCGAGCCGCUGCCGAGUCUGCGAAGUGCCCCUUGGAGCAGCCCACCAUCCAGCAGCUGGUGGGCAGGGGGCCGUGGGACAGUGUCUCCCCCUGCCUGGGACUUGCCCACCCAUGUCAGGGUCUCUGGUUUCACAGGGGGUUCCUGGUGCAGGCCCCAGGCCCCUGGGGGCUGGGUGGAGCCUCCAGUCAGGGUCUCACCUGGCAUCACCUGCUCUGCCCAACCAAGGUUGCAAGCUGGACAGAACCCUGGGACCCCUAGUUCCCAUCCCCUCACUUUCAGAGGAGGAGAAUAAGGCCUGCGGAGAGAAGAGCUUUAUGGCUUAUCCCCCAACUUUGUCUCAAGGCGAUGAUCACCUCCAUGUGUACUCCCAUUCACUCUUAGGCCUCACAUUGCUCUUGUUGAAUAGGAGCUCUGACGAUGGCUGGGGUUCCCCAGAGGUUAGACCCAGUGUGGCACCCUCCCACAGAGAGAGGUGUCCCUCCUCGCUUGGACCCCAGUGGGCCCUAUCUAUGCUGGGGCUGUCAUCUGUCCUGUGCCCAGAAGGCAGAUGGGGUGCAGAGCUGGUGGACAUGGGGCUUUGCCCAGGUGACCUCAACCUUGCAGACAUAGCCAGUGGACCCUCCUGGGGCCUCUGCGGAGUGGAGGGGGCCGAGCCCGUGGAGUGCUGUGGCCCUGUCCCAUGACCAUCCUGGUUGCCUGGACAUUCCCCCAGGCACUGUCAUGGAGGGCAGGUUCUCUGAGGAGGUGUACGCGCCCUGAAUGCAGCCCCAUGGCCCCAGGUGCUGACUGAGCCAGCCCGCCGGUGUGGGGAGGCACGGAUGCCCCUGCUGCUCCUGCUGCUCGGGGUCUGAGCGGAGGUCCCUCCUGUGCUGGGGCCUCCCUGUUCUCAUCAGGCAGGCUGGGCGGUGCGUGUGGGGUGGGAGGGCCUUCGGUCUGUGGGAAUGUGAGCUCCUCGCUCUGUAAACAGCCGUGACUCACCGCACAGCUAUGUGCUGGCGGCUCCAGCCCUGUGCGCUGACGUGUGCUGGGAUGACACCCAGCCCGUGGAAAAGUUUCUCAGGGCUCUUCCAGCUGCCUGGCUCCUGCCAGCCCUCUAGGUGGUCUAUCUGGCGCAGUGGGACCCCUGCACCCGGAGGGAGGAGUGCUGGUUGUGGCCCCCCCACCAAAGAGGCUGGGGGUCAGGCUGCUGUCAGGAGGCAGCUCCUGGUCCCUGCUGCCGUUCCCCCGUGCUGCUGCAUGUCUGCGUGUCUGUCUCAUGCACAUGUGUGGGGGGUGCAGGGGAGCCCGGAGCCCCCCGAGGGAGGGCCCCGCCCCGGCCCUGCUGCUGUGCUGCUCGCUGUCAUCCAGUGUCAGCUCCCGGGAAAGUGGCCGUGUUGCCUGGGCGAUGGGGGGCCCAGUGGCCUGGGCACUGACACCCUCCGGUAACGGCAGGCUGGCAAGGUGCUGGAGGCAGAAGCAGUGGGAGUCGUGUCUAGGCCAUGCCACACGCGGGGUCCCAGGGCUUUCGUCCCAGGGCGAAAGAAGGCGAGGUGGAGACACCCACCCUAGUCCUGCUCACGCUGGAGAUGGAGGCUUUGGUGAGGCUCACCCCCCCUCCCCCGCCAUGCGUUUCUCUGAUGUUCUUUCUGCUCAGUUCAUCCUGCCUAGUCCCUAACCCAGUGACAGAGCGUGCCAGCAAGUCUAGGGUCCGGUCCCCUCUGCCCACCCUCCCCCCAGCCUCGGGGGCUCACGGGUUUGUUUACUGUCCCACAACCUGUGAUGUCUGUGCUGGCUGCCCAAAGCCAUUGUUGCUGUGGGCUUCUCCGUUUCCAUGACGACCAUCAGGGGUUGGCUACGUCCCAAGGUCACCAUGGCAACUAUCAGAGGGGAAUCAUGCUUGGGAUGCUUUGGCUGGCUUUUUCAUGAAUGAUUAGAAUGUGUGACACAAUGCAGACGCGAAAACUAGAAGGGCGGGCUACGGCGGGGGCUGGCGGGCGCCGGGGACAACUCCCGCCAGACGGUUCGUGAGCUCGCACAGUGGCGGCUCCCCACCUCCCGGAUCCUGGCUUGGCUGCUGGAGGGGGACCCCGCCCACCUGGUGGGCCUCAGGUCAGGGCUGUAGGGCAGCCCAGGGCUGGUGGUGAUGUCACAGCUGCGGUGCCCUGUGCAGAGUUCCAAUUUCCAAGCCCUUCUGUUCGGGUGACUGUGCCCAGGUUAUGACGACUAAUCCCAAACCAAACAAGGCGUUAAAGGUCAAGAAGGAGGCGGGUGAGAACGCCCCGGUGCUCAGCGAUGACGAGCUGGUGUCCAUGUCAGUGCGGGAGCUGAACCAGCACCUGCGGGGCCUCACCAAGGAGGAGGUGGUGCGCCUGAAGCAGCGGCGGCGCACACUCAAGAACCGGGGCUACGCCGCCAGCUGCCGCAUCAAGCGCGUGACGCAGAAGGAGGAGCUGGAGCGGCAGCGGGUGGAGCUGCAGCAGGAGGUGGAGAAGCUGGCCCGCGAGAACAGCAGCAUGAAGCUGGAGCUUGACGCGCUGCGCUCCAAGUACGAGGCCCUGCAGACCUUCGCCCGCACCGUGGCCCGUGGGCCCGUCACCCCCACCAAGGUGGCCACCACCAGCGUCAUCACCAUCGUCAAGUCUGCUGACAUCUCCUCCACCUCCGUGCCCUUCUCGGCCGCGUCCUAGUGCCCAACGUGGGGUGGGGGUCUGGGUGGUGUGGCUGGAGCACUGGGCAGGCGGGGGGCACCUCCCUCGUGCCCAUCGGAGGGUCCCAUGGGGAGCAGACCCUUUAACACCCGAGUGCAGUAUAGACUCAUGGCGGGGACGAGGUUGCUGGCUGAAGAUGGGGUCUUGUGAGACCGUGUGCUGCACGCCUUCCCACACGCACGCACACGCACACGCGCACACGUAUGCACUUGGCCUUCCUCUGGGCCCUGCCAGCUCUCUCCAGACUGUCCUUUUCCCGGGGGGGGGGGUCUCACGCUGGGGGGCGUCGGGAGGUAUGGAAGGAAGGUCUGCUGGAGGUUCCUGGCCCUGUGGCCCAGACGGUGGGGGCUCUGUCCUCCACGUGUCCCAGGAGUGGCUGCCGCCGUCCUUCAGCUGCCGUGGGAACCCCCUCCCUGCCCUGAGCUCUGGUGCUGCAGGAGGAACCGAUUGUCCGUGGGGACGGAAAGCACCACGAGCCUGCUUUAGCCUUAGCGGAGACUGCACCGUGCAAGGCAGAGGGAGGGAGGGGGCUGCCUAAGGGGCUGUGUGUGCGUGCACGUGUGCUCGGGGACGCGCCUGCCAUUGCACCGGCACCAGCAGCACCGGGCCCUUGGGGGAGCAGCUCAGGGGGCUGGUCACUGGGGGGCCUCCGGGGUCUAUGCAGCAGGAGUUACAGGGGCAUUGGGAACCGUCCCUCUGUCUGAGUGACCCCAGGGAGUACCCUGUUGGAUCAGGAAGGUGGAGCCCUGUGCAGGGAGGGGUGGCAGGGCCUGGAGUGGAUGUGUGCAGGUUUUGUAUGGCGUGGGGUGAGGUGGGCAGGGGCCUCAGGACUGGGUUGUGGCUCUGCUGGGAGAGGACGGGCAGGGUCUGAGAGUGAGGAGGGUGCGGUGACAGGGGAGGUGACAUGGCACGGGGCCUGGACCUUUCUCCUGGGGGCACCUGGGUGGUCUCUCGGUGCAGAGGACAAGGGGACACAGCCACCAUGGUGCUUAACCCUCGCCCGGAACCUGUACUUGCUCUUUCUGGCACCUGGAACCCCAUGACCUUGGUGAUCCUUGCUGGGGCUUCCCACCCCUACAAGCCUCGAUCGAUUGGGGCUUCCGGCUCCCACGUGCUGAGCUUGGACUGCCUCUCCUUGGCCUUGCUGGAGAGAGGCUGGGGCUUCGGGGCCUGGGGGUGGGCGGUGAGCGCAAGCUCCCAGCCUCCUCUUGGCCCUGCCAUCCAGCACUGAGGGAGACCCCCAGCAAGCCGCAGGCCCCCCGCCCGGGAAGAGGAGGCUCAGGCAGGGCUGAUGGCCCCAAGGGCUGCAUCCUCCUCUUGCGUCUGCUGUCGCGAGCGACCAGUGAAGGUCUGAGGCCUCCGUCGCAUUGCAUGCGGCCUUGACCUUGUCCUGGGGAGAGGUGAAGGGUCUGGGGUGCGCUGGAUCCUUACGGAGCAAAAGGCCCAGUGUGUAAAAAAAAAAAAAAAAAAAAAAAAAAAAAAAAAGCUGUUGAUACCAUAGCCAUGGUAGGUAAUCCACAUUGGAUAUCGAUAAGGACCAUGGGGAAAUAUUUAAAAGAGAGAAAGUAUAUAUAUAUAUAAAAUUAUAUACACAUUUUAUCGUACAGAUUUUUCGUAAUUUUCCUGUUUUUACUGUAAAUCCCUAAUAGAGCAGAGCUACAGUGGGGGUGGGGGUGGGGGUGGGAGCCUGUCGCCCCUGGCUCUGGGGAGGGAGGCCCAGGCUGCCUGCCCUCUGCCUGUCCCCGCCGCCUGCUUGGCCUUGGGGGGACCCAGGAGGAGGGAAGACCAGAGCCUUCUUGUGCUCUGCCUUCCAGCUCGCUGAGAUUCCACUGUCACAGGUUUAACGUAUGGAUGCUCUUUAUGUAAGAGAAAAGGCAAGGACCUCUGUCCCUGGGGUUUGUCCCCCCUGCCUUCUGGGCUUCAGAUGCGCGGGUCCUUCCCGGGGGGGCGGGGCCUCCCGCUUCCUCACCUCUGCCGCUCAGCUGCUCCGUUUCAAUAUUUAUUUUUGUGCUACUUUUAUCAUGGUAUAAAUUAUUGAGAAGAGACCCCACGUCGUGGUCCUCGUCCGUACGACACAUGCCCCGCGCCUGCCCCUUCCCCUCACGGCCACCACCUAAUUUAUUGCUGUACAUCUCUGCCGUGACGCUUUUGUACCUUUGCAAUAAAGAGUUUUCUGGUUUCA